GCUCAUAAACAAAAACAUUUUCAGCAGUGCAAUUUCUGCAAAUUCUCCCCAAACUUUAAGUAAAUAUUCUACAACAAUGUCGCAAGAAACGGUGCAAGGCGGAGACAAUCUAAGCGAAAAAGAUCUUGCAGCUAACGUAGAAAACCUGAAUCUGGCUGGCACCGGGCAGAAAGCGGAAAGGCAGGAAAUUAAGAAAAUCGAUAUUGUUCUACAUGCUACCGGUAGUGCACCAAUUCUGAAGCAGAAAAAGUGGUCAGUUGACCAAGAGAAGCCUAUCAGUGGAAUCGUUAAAUUUAUUCAUAAAUACCUGAAACUGGAUCCCGAAGAACGACUGUUCCUGUACAUCAAUCAAACAUUUGCGCCAUCGCCUGAUCAAAUAAUCAAAAACCUGUAUGAAUGUUACGGUACUAAUGGGAAGCUGAACCUGCACUACGCCAAAACGCAAGCAUGGGGAUAAGAUGUUCAGGCGUGUUGAACUGAGCCAUUCCAUCGUAUUCGCUUUCUCUCUGCAUUCACUGUGAGCCAUUCAAUGUAAUCUAACCAAAACCAAUCUUAAAAUUAAACGAUAACAACAAUAAACGAGUUUUGAU